AGCGAGACAGAGAGCUUCAGUUUGAGAGAGAAAUAGCGCGAGAGAAAGAGAGAGGGUGAGAGAGAGAUAGAGAGAGAGUUUGAGACUGAAGAAGAGGGAGACGGGAAGAAGUUUAUGGUCGAUUCGAACAGAAAUUAAGUGAACUGAUCAUCCCAGACUCAACUCAACCACAAUCGAGAGAUAAAAAGAUUGGGUGUGUUUCCCGCGGUUCUGGAAAAGAAAGGAUAAGAGGAGAAAUUUAAUCCCAAGUUGAUUCACACAGCAGCUCUCUCUCUCUCUCUAGCUUCUGGGCACAGUUUUUAAGCAAACUCUAUAACCUGUGAAAAAAUUGAGGGUUUAAACACUUUGAUUACCAGCAACCAAAAGAAGCAUUAGUGUUUUUUGUCAACCAAAUUGAAAAGAGAAGAAAGCAAAUCAGUUUUCUAUUCAAUCUUACAGGUGAUGAACAUUGUUCUGUGGAUUGACAGCUGAGAAACGUUGUUUUGUGAUUACAUGCAUCUAUUAAACUUUUCACAUUUGAUGCAAAAAAUUCUGGUGGUGGUUCUUUUGCUACUGUUCCUUAGUUUGUUGUUUCUCCCUGUUUCGAUCGUUUACUCUUAUUCAGAUUUAAGGAACAGUUUGCUGGUAGAUUGUUCAGUUUCUUUGCAUCCAGUUAUGGCACCGAAGAUCGCGUCGAGAAUAACAAAAAGGUCCUUAGGACGAUAUGAUGUUCAAAGUGAUAACAAUGAGGCCGGAAUACUAAGAUUCUACGAUGAUCAAAGUUUGCAUGCUUCAAUAAGUGGAGCCAAGGAUAGUUUACUUAGUACUGAAACAAACCGUCAGAUUCAACCAAGAAAGCGAAAACAAGUGUCUCAGCUAGCACUGAGAGAAAAGGAUGAAUCUUCGAAAACUGGUGAACGUCGUGACAAACGAGCCAGAAGCGAUCAACAAGGUUCUACUGAGAUACAAAACCAAGGUCAAUGUUCCCAUAUGUUUGGUCAAGCAUUUUAUCAAAAAAGCAGACGAGUGUCAGUGGUGAAAUAUGAAGAUUCCGGCGAUAACAUUUACACAUGUGAUCAUUGUAAUGCAUCAUUCUGGUUUGGAGAAGCUAAUAAACGAUCAUCUUCGAAUGCACCUUUGAUCUAUGCAACUUGCUGCAAAAAAGGACAAAUCAAGCUUGAACAAGCAAAACCGACGCCAACUAUUCUUGAAAAUUUAUUAAAUCCAAAUAAUGGCUCAGAAAGUAGACUUUUCAGAGAAAAUAUCAGAAUUUAUAAUUCAAUGUUUUCUUUUACAUCAAUGGGAGCAGCAAUCGAUCAUAAAAUAAAUACUGGAUCAGGUCCUUACGUAUUUAAAAUUAGUGGUCAAGUACAUCAUUUAAUGGGUUCUUUAUUACCUUCUGACGGAGAACCUCCUAAAUAUGCUCAGUUGUAUAUAUAUGAUACAAAAAAUGAAGUUUUAAAUCGUAUUAAUGCACUUGAUCCUACUCAUGCUAAUGAAAAUAUCAAAUCAAACAUAGUUCAAGGACUUAUUGAAAUGUUUGAUGAAACUAAUGAUUUAGUAAAAGAAUUUCAUACAAUGAGAGAUAAAUUUGAAAAUCAUUCUUUACAUUCAUUGAAUAUGACUAUCGUCAACCUACUGAUAGUAAACAAUACGAAGUACCGACAACUGAAGAAAUUGGUGGUUUAA